GUUGGGACGAAGCAAAGAAGAACAAUGAAGAUCACAUAAGUAAAUGUAAGGAGGCAAGACUCAUGUUCAAGACUUGUAAGAAUGAUAACCUUGUUUACUAUGAGCCUAUUCUUGCUCUCGAAGCUAGAGGGAUGGCUGAGAUGUUGAGUGAGUUAUUGAACGCGGAAAAGGAAGCUAUUAUGGCUGGUGAAGCUGCAGUCAUUGCGAGGGCGUUAAGCGGGUUGCAAGAAGACGAUGAUGAUCCUAUUAUCGUUCUGCCUGCUGAAGCUGCUGCGAUUGGGAAGGCGUUUAGCAAGUUGGAAGCUGGGAAGAAGAAGGAGAAGGAAGCAGAGGAAUCCAAGGGAAACGAGAGUGAUCAUCAGAAUCAGAACUAGGUAUGCUUUUUUAUGAGAAUAUUGAAGACUCAGUCUGAAUGAAAUAUUUCGAUUUUCGUUUGUCUAGACUCUUUAUUUUGUUUAGGUUUGUCUUCUUAAAUACAAACAUUGGGUUAUG